AACAGACACUGCAGUCAUGGCUCAGUUCCAGCUUACCCUGGCCACCCGCGCCAACCAGGCGGCCCUGCUCCCCGUCCUUCUGGUCGCCACCUCCAUCAAUGAGGCCCGUCCCACCCCCGUGAUCACCAUCACCUACGAGGACGCCGCCGUUCUGUCGCAGGGCGACAAGGCCAUCGUCCAGUUCACCGGUGCCAGUGGUACCCCCGCCUACGGAACCCAGAAUGCCAUCCAGGAGCUGCGCAACAGCUUCCCCUUCCUCAAAGGCAAGGAUGAGAAACUGGAGACCGAGUUCCUCUCCCAGCUCGAGUCCCUCACCACUCUCGACUUCAAGGCCCUCGACCCCGCUCUCCAGCGCCUGAACACCCACCUGCUUCUCCGCUCCUUCGUGGUGGGAUACUCCCUCUCCACCCCCGAUAUUGCCCUCUGGGGUGUCCUCCGCGGCAACCGUGUCGCCGUGUCCGCCAUCCGCAAGGGUGCCCUCGUCAACCUGACCCGUUGGUUCAACUUCCUCGAGGAGCUUUGCCCCUGGGCGACCACUGCUCUGGAGACCAUGAACGCCGUGGCCAAGGAGAAGAAGACUGCCAAGGCCAAGGAGGGUGCCAGCUACGACAUCUCCCUCCCCAACACCGAGAAGGGCGUCGUUACCCGCUUUCCCCCUGAGCCUUCUGGAUACCUCCACAUCGGACACGCCAAGGCCGCUCUCCUCAACGACUUCUUCGCCCAUGAGAAGUUUGCUGGCACCCUGCUUGUCCGGUUCGAUGACACCAACCCCUCCAACGAGAAGGAGGAGUUCCAGGACGCCAUCGUUGAGGAUCUCGCCCUGAUGGGCAUCAAGCCCGAUAGGCUGAGCUACACCAGUGACUACUUCGAUGAGCUCUACGAGUACGGUCUGCGCAUCAUCAGGGAAGGCAAUGCGUAUGCCGAUGACACGGAGAAGGAGGAGAUGGCGCGCCAGAGAUUCGACGGCGAGGCCAGCAAGCGCCGUGAUGCCUCCGUCGAGGAGAACUUGGCUCGCUUCGAGGAGAUGAAGCAGGGUACCCCCGAGGGUUUCAGAUGGUGCAUCCGCGCUAAGAUGUCGGUAGACAACCCGAACAAGGCCAUGCGUGACCCCGUCAUCUACCGCUGCAACCCGGCGACCCACCACCGCACCGGCGACAAGUGGAAGAUCUACCCGACCUACGACUUCUGCUGCCCCAUCGUCGACUCCAUGGAGGGUGUCACCCACGCCCUGAGAACCAUUGAGUACCGUGACCGGAACCCUCAGUACCAGUGGUUCCUUGACACUCUUGCCCUGAGACACGUGCACAUCUGGGACUUUGCCCGCAUGAACUUUGUCAAGACCCUGCUGUCCAAGAGAAAGCUCACCAAGCUGGUUGAGAAGGGUGUCGUCUGGGGCUGGGACGACCCUCGCUUCCCGACCAUCCGGGGUAUCCGUCGUCGCGGUAUGACCAUCCCGGCGCUGAGAGAAUUCAUCCUCAAGCAGGGACCCAGCAAGAACAUCGUCAACCUCGACUGGACCCUCUUCUGGGCCACCAACAAGAAGUACAUCGACCCCGUCGCCCCCCGCCACACCGCCAUCCUCAAGAAGGACAUGGUCAAGGCCGUUGUGAACGGAGCCCCCGCUGCCUACACCGAGGACAAGCCGAAGCACAACAAGAACGCUGAGAUCGGCCUGAAGAAGGUUGCUUACAGCGGCUCCCUCCUCUUCGACCAGGAGGACGCCAAGACCUUCAAGCAGGACGAGGAAAUCACUCUGAUGGGCUGGGGCAACGCCAUCGUCCGCAAGAUCGAGACCGAUGCCGCGUCCGGUGUGGUCAAGUCCCUGGAGCUGGACCUCCACCUGGAGGGCGACUUCAAGAAGACCGAGAAGAAGGUCACCUGGCUGUCCUCGGAGGGCCAGGAGGUCAUCCCCGUCGAGCUAGUCGACUUCGACUUCCUCCUAAACAAGGACACCAUGACCGAGGAGGACACCCUGGAGGACGUCCUCAACCCCAAGACCGAGUUCCGUGAGGACGCCGUGGCCGACUGCAACAUCGCCAGCCUCAAGGAGGGCGACAUCAUCCAGUUCGAGCGCAAGGGCUACUACCGCCUGGACCGCGCCUACGCCCCUGGCAAGCCGGCUGUUCUGUUCAACAUCCCCACAGGUAAGGCGGGCAAAUAGACGACGCAGUGAUCUUGAUAUCUCGACGUGCUAUGAAUAUACGCUAGAUAGGAGAGGUAGAUGAGUCUUGAAAAAUCGAUUGUUUAUAUGUUCUAGCAGAAGACGAUGGAUUGACGUUCUGGUACUAGCCUGUUCCUUGGGUUGGGAAGCAUCCGUAGUAAUGAUGGCAUACUCGACUCUUCGCGGAACACAAUCGUAUUCCACGUGAUCACUACGUAUUGAUUAUGCAGACCACAUGCACCAACCCAAGGCACCGUCAUGAGCACUCAAACUACCAUGUAUUUCCAUUCCAGGAGAUUCAGAAGCCAAAUGUUCAUCGAGAGGUAAGUAGGUCGGAUAGCUACCUGCCCUGCCCAGGCAGAAUGCGCAUAGUAAUC